AUGGUGAAGUUCGACGUGGAUCUCUUCGCAAAGAACGAGCGAGCAAUUGUCCUGGUGUACGACCCGAAACACGUGCUUACUGGUUGUGUGUUUGAGUCGGAGACAGUUGCUGGGUUUGCGGUGCAGAAUCUGCUGAGUGUCAAGGUGGUGCAGCUUUAUGGCAGGGCCCCCCGGUGCAGCAUGCCAUCGACGACCGGGGUGGUGGACACGGUCAAGGCAAUACACCGAUACUGGUUCAUGAAGGACGCAAUGGACAGCAACGAGUGGAAGAAGAAGGGGGAGGACCUGCUCAUGAAGUGGGGCGUGCUUAAGGCGGAGGGUGUGGAGGACGAACAGGAUGAAGAGGAGAUACCGGCGUACUUUUGUAUCCCUGAAGGGCCACUGUUUCGGGACGUGCGCAGCCGGCGAAGGGUGGUGCGGAUGGUGGCGGGCGAAUACAGUCAGGAGGCGGACAAAUUGGGCAUCCCGGUUAGCAAGGUGCCUGAGACAAUGGGCGCGCAUAACGAGGAGGUGAUAAGCCGCCUACGAAGGACGCCUACUAAGCGUACUCGUCACGGAGGUGCGGGAGGCGGCCCGCCUAGUGGGAUGGCCGACGGGGUUGAGGGCAGUGUGGUGUGUAAUGAGGGCAUGCCGGGGAUAAACGGAGAUAGUGGUAGUGCACUGGGCGGUGAGCAGUAG